AUGGCCACUCCGCAGUCCAACCCUGCUGUACCUCACGGGCUGGAAUCCCCCCAACCAGCAACGUCAUCGCCGGGCCUUAACGCAGUCUCCAUCAAGAUCCCCCCGUUCUGGCACGCUGACCACAUUCUUCGAUUCGCUAACAUUGAGGCGCAAUUUAUCCUCCGAGGUAUUACCGCCCAGCUAACCAAAUUUUAUCAUGUUAUCGGCGCCCUCGGACCUGAUGAAGCAGCGGAGGUGCGUGACAUUAUCACCGUACCCCCUGCAGACCACCCGUAUGGCGCCCUCAAGACUGCUCUGACCCGGCGCACCGCCGCGUCUGAACAGGAGUGCAUAAAGCAACUCCUGACCGCUGAGGUCCUCGGCGACAGAAAGCCAUCUCAACUACUCUGCCGAAUGCAACAACUCUUAAGCGACCGUGCUUCCGCACUAGACGAUUCUAUCUUGCGCAAGCUGUUUUUGCAGCGGCUCCCGAACACUGUGCGAAUGAUUCUGACGACCUCCACCGUAGCCUCCCUUGAAGCAUUGGCCGAGAUGGCUGACAAGAUAAUGGACAUCGCACCGCCAGCCAUUUCUGCUGUAUCACCGCAACCGCACGCGGUUUCCCCACCUUCGACCACUCCCACGAUGUCGGACUUCCAGACCCUCCGUAACGCGGUCGUGCGGCUGACCGCCAUGGUUUCAAGUUUACGCUUCAACCGCCGCCCCAGAACACCCAGGAACCGUAGCCCUCACCGAAGCAGUGGGCGCCGCAGCCCCUCCAACCGUUCGCCGUCCCCCAACCCAGGCGAAUGCUGGUACCACCAGGCUUUCGGAGCCAGUGCACGCAACUGCCAGCCUACCUGCACCCAUACGGGAAACGGGAGCGUCAGCAACUGA